UCUGAUCCGCUGCAGUGAGCUCUCUCCCACAGACGUGCAGAUACCAACUGUCAUGAAAGAGAAAGUGCUACACGCUCAGGAUGAAUGCCACCCGUGUCCCCGAGCAGGGAAGCGGCUCAUCCAGUGCUUCAGAUGUGGGGAACCGUGCAAAGGAGAGGUGCUGCGAGUCCAGGCCAGCCACUUCCAUAUAAAGUGCUUUACCUGCAAGGUCUGUGGCUGUGACUUGGCUCAGUCAGGCUUUUUCAUGAAGAAUGGCGACUACCUCUGUCCGCUGGACUUCCAGAGGCUUCACGGCACGCUCUGCAACAACUGUGGGGAAUUCGUGGAGGGAGAAGUGGUCACAGUCUUGGGGAAGACCUACCACCCGGCCUGCUUUGUGUGCACCAUUUGCAAACAACCCUUUCCUCCAGGGGAUUGUGUCACCUUCAAUGGAAAAAACUGCCUCUGUCAGCGCUGUAUUAGACCCUUGUCUCCAACUCCUAACGACAUCAGCUGUUCAAAUAGCUGCAGUGGUUGCGGUAGAGAGAUCAAGAAUGGCCAGGCUCUGUUAGCCCUGGGUAGCCAGUGGCAUCUUGGCUGCUUCAAGUGCAAAGCCUGCAGAAGAAUGCUGAGUGGCGAAUACAUCAGCAAGGAUGGUGUUCCGUACUGUGAGAGGGACUACCAGAUUCAGUUUGGGGUACAAUGUGAAGCAUGUCAGAAGUUCAUAACAGGGAAAGUCCUGGAGGCAGGGGACAAACAUUAUCACCCCAGCUGUGCAAGAUGCAGCCGAUGUGAUAAAAUGUUCACAGAAGGAGAAGAAAUGUAUCUGCAAGGUUCAACAGUGUGGCACCCGGACUGCAGAGACAGCAGCAGAACUGAGGACAGUUACAGGGUUGGCAGACCCAAAACACCUCUUGAUUUCUUUUUCCCCCCACAUGAACUGAAGCCCAUUAGAUCCUCAUCUGAGAGCUCCUCUUCCAGACCGGGCUCGUGCACUCCAGGAAGCCCCGGUCGCACUAUAUGUGCAAAAGUAGAUAAUGAGAUCAUUGAUUACCGAGACUUAGCGGCAAUUCCCAGAGUCAAGGCUAUAUAUGAUAUAGAGCAUCCUGAUAUGAUAUCCUAUAAGACUGAGAGAGACAACUCCUCUGCUUUGGACAACAAAGGCAACAGACAGGAGAGGCAGAGCUCUGCAGAGUCACCAGGAAAUGUAUCUGAAACCACAGAGGAGAGUUUUGAAAUGAGAAAGUGCAUACCAACAUCCACAAGCCACGGAUCUUUCGGAGUUCAUGCAUCGUACAAUCGUCACAGCUACACUCCGACUCUGUCCAGAUCACCACAACAUUUCCACCGGCCGGAACAGGGCUUCAACAUGUACAGAAGGCCUCCAAUUUACAAACAGCAAGAUGAUCCAAAUUCCUCUCAAACAUCCUCUUUGCCUGGAUACGGUCGAAGCGGCCUCAAUCCGCCACGGUCAGCUGAUUUCUCCAUGUACAACGGUGACAGAUUCAGAGAUGUUAAGCUCUUCCAUGACGGUCAACAUCCAUUAAUACGACUGGAAAGAGGAGUGUCUAUGCCUAAUUUGUUGGAACCAAAAGUCUACCCGUAUGAAAUGCUCACAGUUGCCAACAGAGGACGAGUGAAGCUUCCCAAGGAGGUUGACAGAACAAGACUGGAGCGUCACCUCUCCCCGGAUUCAUUCUUUGAGAUCUUUGGCGUGGAUAUACAAGAAUUUGACAGACUUCCACUUUGGAAGCGUAAUGACAUGAAGAAGAAGGCGAAUCUCUUCUGAAUGCUGCCUCAUGCAUGUUUUUAUUCAUUGUUAAUAUGCAGUAUGUGUCAAGUUUUGAUGACCCCUUAUAUUUAUUUCUUUGUAUUUGACACAAAAAUUAGAAAUCGUUUGCCUAAGAACAGGACAAACUAGAUCUUUACAGGGACACGGUACUAUGUUUCCCUAUUAGUCUUGGUAGGCUAUUGUUAUGAAUGAUGAAUGCAUUUAUAAUACCUCAAUGCAGACAUGAACACAAGUACUCAGCUUAGUCUAGCUAUAGUCUUGGCUUCGGUAAUAGGUAGCCAUUAUUAUUUGUCUUUCCUAUGUCAGCCCUGUCUCCCCAGGAAUUAUGUUCAUAUUGGACGAUUCAGCUGAAUUCAAUUUAUUUGCCCAUUCAUCAUAAAUCCAACAUGUAGUGUGGCAUUUAUUUACCAUGAAAAAAAGUGAAAAAUAUGGAGAAAGGGUAAAAAGUAAUGUUUCUUCUUUGAGACUUUGCAUCCUGUUUCAGACCAACCGUUUAUGUUGACUUUUGUGACAUUUAUUAGUGAAGACAGUCUUUCCUUAACCUUCCCUAACCUUCCCUAACCUGAACAAUGUGAUCUUUGUACUGCUGGUAUGUUUUCACUCUACUGAUGGGGGCGCCAGAUCAGCAAAAUGCUCAUACACUGUAUUGUUCAAGAAUGAUUGUGCAAAACCUUAGAUUAUGUUCAGUGACAAAGUUUUCAAGGACAACCAACGUUGUAAUUAUUCCUAAAGUAUCUGCAAUUGGCAACUACAAGAUGAUGGACAAUGUAUGGUCAAGGUUAAGCACCCAAAACACUUGCAGUUUAAAGCUAAAUCACAAGAAUUUAUCAUGAUCUACUUUUAUGCAUGAACAAAUGUUAAAACAGACUGGGGAAUCAUAAAAUAAAAGAUUGCCAUAAGCCUCACUAAAGCAUUAGUGUAUGUUUCUGCUUGCCUUCAGGUUGAGUAUUUAGGUUAUUGUUGGUGUUUAAGUGUCUGUGACACUCAUAUCUAAAAUGGUUAGACUGCCCCACAUAAAAUCCUAUGUAGAACAUUAAUAUUACCUUUUUUGAACAUUUAUUCCCAUGAUGCUUGAUGUAUAGUGCAGUGAUUGGGUACAUGAAAUUAGCAUAACCUGUCAUCGCAGCAGUCAUCCCUGAUAACUGAACUGUAUGCAUUUCACCCAUGUUGUCAUUGUCACUAUAUGAUAUUAUAUUUUUCUUAAUUAGUCGAUACUUACUUUGGUUGCAUCCUGGUUACACAAACAACAUGUUUAAGCACAAAACUGAGACAUCUUUGAGAAUGUGGAUUUUUAUGUCAAAAUUAUCACUGACAGAUGCUUUACUGGAAUAUAAAGGAAUAAUUAAGAUGAUUUCACAUUUAUUUCUGUUUUAUGUAUCACCCUGACUCAGCUUUGGUAAAUAUACUCUAUGUUAUACUGACAUCGCUGUCCCAGCCCAAUACCUUAAGCGCCCUAAAUAAA